AUGAGUCCCACCAGCUUCUUCCUCCUUACAUUGCUCCUCGUUCUGGUGACAGAAGCAGCUGCAAGGAGACCCUUUCAAAAAUUUUCACAAGCAUCUGAAGAUUCCAGUGAAAAUUUUGAUGUAAAGAUACGGGGUGGCAGCGGCGGAUCAAGUUCCACCAAUGAGAAAUACAGCCGAAGUGAGAGCUCAUGGGGUACCUUUAAGGCAAAGAGUCCAAGAAACACCAUGAGUGAGGAAGUCUAUGAGGAAAGGAAGCAUAGAAAAAAUAUAGGUGCAUAA